AUGUGGCGUAACGAACAAGUAGCGAAAUUUGUUGAAUGGAUGAGACAACAUAAUGAGAAACCGGAAAGAAAGGCGCGAGAGAAUGAUAUAGCUGCUUUGAUCACUUUAACAGGUCAACUGACACAUUCGUUUGCCAAUUACUUCAAAAUCUCGCCAUCCUGCGAAGAAGAGGUCGUCAGGGUAUUAAGCGAUCUUGUGAAAAAACAUGGAGAAUAUAUUUCAAAGCAUCUUAACGAUGAAGAAGCUGAAGAAUUGUUUCAAGCACAAAUUAGCGCUUUGGUCGUUCGUGAUGCUGAGGAAUAUUAUCUUUGUAUGAUGGGCAGUGGUUCUGAAAGAUGCAAUAGCCGUGAUACCCACAUGAUUAAUACUCUGCAAAUCUUGGCAAAAAGAUUCGAAAGGACUCGAGGAGGAAAAGUUAAAGUAGUUGUUUGGUUACAGCGGCUUCAAAUUGGAACGCUCCAAGAGAGUUUAAAACAGAAAACUGUCGAAAACGUGUUUCAUAUCAUCGCUGAAGAACCAAACUUUCUCCUACUAUUCACCAGAACCUCACCAGAGAUCAACCAAUCUCCUCGGCCUUGGUUGCAGAUCUCGCAAAAAAACUCGAAGCAAUUUGAUGCUGUGAUUCAUAUUGAUCAGACGAGUGCGCUGAAGCCAUUGGAUAAAGUUGAGAAGGUUGAACCCGAAGAACUUGUAAAGAUACAAGAGAUUGCUAAUGUCCGCUUUCACGCGUCACCAGCAUUCAAACAAGUUGAUGUGGCACAAUUCUAUCGAAAUUAUAAAACUGGAAGUUUAAUGUAA